GAUAGGAUCCAGGAGAGAAUCGCCCUGCAGGAAAAUGAAGUUUGCCUGCCUCUCCUUCCGACAACCUUACGCCGGGCUGGUUUUAAACGACGUCAAAACUAUCGAGAGCCGUUGGCGCCCGGUGCUGGCAAACCACCAGGGUGGGACGGUGGCCGUCCACAUCGCGUUUAGAGACUGGGAAGAUGACAGCUGGAGAGACCUCCUCUUGAACAGACUCGGGUGGACUUCGGCUCAGAUUGAAGAUUUGUUAGCGGAGGGGGAGAAGUUGGGUCGAGGGGUUAUCGCUGGUCUUAUUGACGUUGGAGAGACUUUUAAGUGCGCGGAUUGUUUGCCUCCCGAAGACAUUUUGCUGUUGGAAAACAAAGCCCUUCUCCGGGGUCUUGAAGGAAAAUAUUUGACGGUGAUUUCCAACCCCAGAUGGCUGCGGAGAUCCAUUCCUGCACGAGGACACAAGGACAUCUGGGAGGUGGACAUCCCAGAAGAUCUGAUCCCUUCUGUUGAAUCCCGUUGAACUUUUCUCUCAGGACUUGCUUUUCUGCUGGUGAUGGGAUUGAACGGAACAACUGUUCUCAGUUUCAGUCACGGCAAA